CGGGCGGCCGGCCGCGCACCUGCCUCGCACCGCUCCGCACGCGACAUACUACAUCGCGAGACGCUACGAUAAUCACAAACAAUAUAGACUCUAUAUUUUAAUAAAAUUAUCUCGUUUUAUUUUAGUUCUGCAAAUUUUAUCGCUAUUCAAAAACUAAAUUUGGACUUUCUAAGAAGAAGUUUUCUCAUAAUUUUUCGGUAGAGACAGUGGUGAAAAACGGACUAUCAAGUGUAAAAAUAUUUAUGAACAAAUUUUGAGGAAGUGCUAACGUAUGUUUAUUUUUCUGAAUUGCAAGAUCGCAGUUUGUUCGGGUAGAUUAGAUAGAGCACUGAGACGUUCAUUCAAGUGUUGAUAAGACCUUAUGACCAGGCGAAUUUUGUAAGUAAAUAUUGGAAACUGUGAACUGAUUCAUCGCAGCAUGAAAAGAAAAAAGUAAGAAUCGAAAAUGUUUUGAUUAAAAUAGUCACGAUGAAGAAUUUAGAAAGAUUACUAAAAUAAUGAUUUUAUUUAAAUGCCGUCGGACUUUUAUUGAGGAUUACUGUAUGACACCUCGACCUUCCUUAUCGGAACUGUUUUGAGAAUAGUACGGACGAUAAGUCGCCGGACCGACGGCGGCACAUGUGAAGUGCGCUAACAUACUGAUAGCGAGAUAUUAAGAUAAAAUUCUAAGGAUAAAAGAAGUUGUUGAAGGUCUAAAAAUAGGUGACCAAAUCAAGAUGAGAAUCAAGAUGCCAGCUGUACGCAUCGCGCAAGCGGAUGCGGACAGCGCGGCAGAGGGCGGUGGGUCGCCCACGCCCGGCGUGACGGACACGUUAACAUGUGGAGCGUGUCGCAGGGCCUUCGCGCUUGCUGACAUUGUGCGGUUUAUACAGCACAAAGUCUCCUCCUGCGACAAGGACCUCACAUCAUAUCACUGCUAUAGUGCUGGUCCAAACUCUGACCAAGAAGAUGGAUCAAGGCCUGGACAAAUUGCAACGAGCAACUCGAGUGGGAGAAGACCAUCACUCCUCACAGCAAGAAGACCGCCAAGUAGCAGGGUUCAUACCCCGCCUUUGGCAAGCCCUUCAAUAGCACCACCUGAUCUUCUUGAAGAUGGCGGUGCAUCGAGUACACCAAAACGAUUAUUAGAUGUAGCCGACGCUGGAGUAUCAACACCUAAGAGAAGAGCAUCUACAUCGCCUAUGCCUUCAAGUUCACCCGAUGAAGACAUAAAACCCAAAAUCAAACAAGAGCAUAUGGAUACCACAGGAUCUCCUGAGGACCAAAAGAAAUCAAGAACUGAAGUGGCGGACGCAGAAUCUAACACAAUGCAUAGUGAACCUAGUAACUACGUCUGCUCUACUUGCAAAGCGCGAGUACACUCGGCCUGGCGAUUAGUUCAACACGUUCAACAUGUGCACGGUGUGAAAAUAUACGUCGAGAGCAUGCCACAACACCCUCCGAAUAAACAAAAUCAUUCGUCUUCGAGUACUUCUUCUUCGAGCUCAGGCUGCUCCUCUAGUGGUGCGCCUCUCCCACCACCUUCGCUACGCCACCAUCCAUUGUUGCCACCACCUGACCUACAUUCUCCUUUUGGAGUAGGUGGUCUAUUGCGGAUGCCACUACCGGGUAGUUUACCACCGUUAGCUCACCCAUCAGUACCUCCAACACCAUUAUUUGCACGACCAAACCAUCAUGAUCAUCGAUUUCGGAUGGAACAAUUAGUUUCCGAACAAUUUCGUCACCAUGGUCUAAAUUUGGCGGCAGCAGCGGCAGCUGUUGCAGCUAACUCUCUUCCUCCACAUCAAGCAUUUCCAUCACCUGCGGAUCGACCACCUGUAGUUCCAACGUCACUUACGGGUCGAGAACGACAACCACCCGUAUCGCAGCCUCUCUCUUUAGAACCCCAGCUGGAUUUUUACUCGCAGCGCUUGCGGCAACUGGCCGGUACGACCAGUCCAGGGGCGGCCACAGGCAAUUCGAGCUCUCCUAGCCCCAGGAAGCAUUCACCUCCGUUCGCUUCCCCGUCGCCCUCCCGAGUCGGUCAGACUCCACCGGCGGGCGCCGGACCCGGAACGGUGGACACUCCUCGAGAAGCCAUAAAGCCGCACAGUUCAAUAUCCCCCGAACGUCGUAUUGAACCACAGACCGCUGACGCGCCGCCACCAGAACGGCCUUCUUCGACACCUCCAGCAAAAAGGAACAACGAUGAAGCGAUUCAUACUUGUGAAUUCUGUGGUAAGAAAUUCCGAUUUGAAAAUAGCUUAAUAGUGCAUCGUCGCACACAUACUGGUGAAAAACCUUUCAAAUGUAAUCAGUGUGAUGAAGCGUUUGAAAAAAACUCAAAAUUAAAAAAGCACAUGAAAAUGCACCGACGAGGGUCUGAAGCGAAUCCCGAAGAUGGUGAUUCGGGCGGUGAUACUGGUGAGGAUGACUCUGAAGAUGAUUUAGAGGAUGAGGAAUUAGAUGGAGAAGAGGAAGAAGAAAAUGAGGACGGUGAGGAGGUCGAAGAAGCAGAAGACCUUACAGUAUCUAAUAGCAGUGCACCUUCGGCUCCACCACGAAAACAAACUCCUGCUAUACCUGCUCAUCCUCCUUCGGCUUCUGUUGUUGGUGAGCUAAUGGAUAAAUUUGGUUUAUCUAAUAUUGCUCAAUAUAGUGAGGCUUUUAAGCAAGCACUUCAAGAAUCUGGAAAUUCACUUAAAUGGCAGCUUGCCAAAGACCGAGACAAUAACAAUGGUCCACCUGCAGAAAAACCAAAUGGCAUGCCACCUACCGCUGCUUUACGCUUGAAGGAAGAGUUCGCUAAAAUGCCACCCCAACCACAUCCACUGUUCAAUCCUUUUGAAAACCCAUUUGAAGCUUCUAAGCGAAUGAAAUUGGAUAUGGAUAGAGGCGAAGGUUGGUGGCUGCCGACGUUACAUGCACAGCGACCUCCUGAUAAUAUUUUUGAUGGGCUUAAAAAUAGUAGUAAUGGUCUGCUACAGAAUCCCCUUUUAAAAUCAAAGGAUGGACGCCGCAAUGACACUUGUGAGUUUUGCGGAAAAGUAUUCAAGAAUUGUUCGAAUUUGACUGUUCAUCGGAGAUCGCACACUGGCGAAAAACCAUACAAAUGUGAACUAUGUUCCUAUGCAUGCGCGCAAAGCUCAAAGCUGACGAGGCAUAUGAAAACUCACGGCCGGCUCGGCAAGGAUGUGUACCGUUGCAGGUUCUGUGAAAUGCCCUUUUCAGUGCCCUCAACGCUCGAAAAACAUAUGCGUAAAUGUGUUGUGAAUCAAAGUAAUGGUGCUCCUCUUGCUUUAUCCGAUGACUCUAACGCGUGUCGUGAUGAGGCCUCGUGACUCUACCCGUGGGGUGGCCUCCGCUUGCCACCGCCAGCGCCACCCAGCCAGAUCUUCUAGGUCUAAUUUUCAAAUAAAUUUCGUUAUUCGUACCUCUUAAAUUACGUCCUGAGUACGUAACUAUACGUUAUUGGCGAAAAAAUAAGAGGCAUUUGUUCAAUUUCUAGUCUUAAGGAAUGAAUGUAACGAAAUUACUAUUUAAUAUAUCACGCAUUGCAAUAUACGCCCAGAAAUCCUAGAAUCAAAGGGCAUUAAUGUAAGUUAUAGAUACCUUUAGUAACAUAUCUUUUGUGUGAGCCAGUGUUAAGAGUUUCCGUUGUGUUGUUGGUGUUAGUCGAUGAGUUUUGGUUAUGUUCUUCGGAGGCUGUACUAUGAUCUUUACGUUACGUAUUUUCGACUUUGUUUUGACAUGUUUAUUGAUUGUAAAAAGAAACCAAUGCCAAAGUUAGCUACGUUGAUUUAUACAUUAUAGUACAUUUAGUUGUUAAGCUGUGUAUAGCGUCAAUUAAAACAGUUUUUCAGUAUUUUCUAAGAUCUUAUCUAGCAUUGUGUAUUUAGGUAAGUUGUUUCGUAAUUUUAGGAUAUUAUGUAAAAUACAAAGCAAAUGUUUCCUAUACUAGUUAGAACUUGUAAAUACAAACAUAUUGUGUAAUAUUUAAAUCGAGUACCUACCUAUUGAUGUUCAUAUAAUUUAUAGACAACAAUAUUUCGAAAAUUAUAAAUUCCUUUUCGGCGAGAACGGUCAGUUUCCUUUAAUCGAUAAUUAGCGUUGUAGAAAUCAAAAUUGGUAUCGUUAAUGGUAGGUGUUAUUACCAACAAGGUACUUCUAUAUUUAACUAGUGUUAAAAUUUAUUAAAUUAAUAAAUCUUGUGACGCAUUUGAUCUUUAUUUCCACGCUUUUAUUUCGACUGAAUGAAAGCAAGUUAUUUUAUUAAGACUGAAAAGUAUUCCAGUUUUUAUUUUAUUUUUUUAUAAAUAAAUUAUUUCAUGUGAUUUGUGGGAGACCUGUACCUUAAUUAGUCCAAGCGUGAAAUCUUUCAGUAUACGUACUUAAUAUAAAUUAUGAUAGAAUUUAUAUUAGAUAAUAAUAAGUAAAUUAUAAUAGAUAACUCCAUUUUGUCUCCUGAAUCGAUCUCCUUUUGUUACGUCUAUAAUUUAUAUUUAGGGCCUCUUUGGGUUUCGUAAACACAGCUAUUAUAAUACGGCACCUAGACGGGCCCUAGAUAUUCUUUCAAACACUUAUUACCCUUAGCUACGAAGUCGAUAGAUUAUUUUAGAAGUAUGUAAUCGCUUGAAUGUUCGAUUAAUAAGUUAUAAGUAGCUAAGUGUAUAAGUGUAUUAUUAACAGUUAAAUUAAUGUCAUCGCCUUAUUUAUUUUCAAUUUAAACAUUUAAUGUAUGUAUCAUAGUAUUUAUUAAUAAAUCACCUCUCUACGAAACGGUAGACGUAGUUUUUACUAGUACAAAUAUGUAAAAUAAUUGUUUAAAUUCAAACUGUGGUAAAUUUAUACUUUCUUCGUGGAGGGGAGAUAUAGAUUUAAGUAAAAGGACGAAAGACGGAGACGAAAUAGAA